AUGAAUGAAGAAAGUUACACAAAUUCCAUAGUUAUGGAAGUUGAUGCAAAUCAAUCACCUGCCUCUUUUACCAAAGAAAUAGCUGGAGUAUUAGAUCUACCGACUAAAUCUGAAUCGAUAAACUUGAACCAGUGUGAUUUUUCUAACUGUCAUUUGGUUGGUCAUCCUACACGUGAAGAAAAAUGUAUUGAGGAACACAUACAGUAUGACCAUAAUGACAGUCCUAAAGAUGACGAGAAAUGGCAUGCUAAAUUAGGAAUCAUAGACAUUUCUGAGCAAUUUGUAGAUAAAGAAGGAGUUCAUGAUAGAGAGGAAUACAUAAUUAAAAAUGAAGAAAGAUACUCAAAUUCCUUAGUUAAAGAAGUCGAUGCAAAUGAAUCGAAUAUGAGUAAAAAAAUUGACCUUGAUGUAAUCAGAAAUUCAAUUCAUUGGAAAAUUAAGCAACACAAGUGUCAGGGUAAAAAAGUGCACCUUCAGAAACAAGUCGAUAGUGUUCAUUCUAAUAUCAAGAAACGCAAAUGUAACUUUUGUGAUUAUGCUGCCAAUGGUGAAUAUGAUAUUAAAAAACACGUAAAAUCUGUUCAUUUGAAAAUUAAGGAUUACGAGUGUCAUCUAUGCGACUAUGCUACAAGUAGAAGAGUUAUGCUUCAGUAUCACAUCAACCGUGUUCAUUUGAAGAUGAAGAAUCACAAAUGUCACUAUUGUGAUUAUGCUGCCUUUGGAACAUCGGAGAUUAGACGGCAUGCUAAAUUUGUUCAUUCAAAAAUCAAGGAUCACUUCUGUGAGUUUGUUACAAGUGGAAAUAAUGCUAGUAACAAGAAUGAAGAAAGUCACACAAAUUUCUUAGAUAUCGAAGAUGAUGCAAAUCAAUCACCUGCUUCUUUUACCAAAGUGACGCCUCUUGUAUCAGAUCCAUUGAUGAGUAACUCUAAACCAACUAACUUGGAACAGUGUGAAUUUCCUAAAUGUGAUUUGGUUGAUUGUCCUGCAGGCGAAGAGAAGGAUCUUUAUGAUCAUAUUGCCAGUCUUGAAGAUGAUAGUAAACCAGAUGUUAAAUCAGAAAUUGUGGACAUUUAUGAAGAAAUCGUAGAUGAAGGAGUCCAUGGUAGAGAAAAAUAUAUAAUAAAGUAUGAGGAGAAUCAAACGCCUCCCUCUCUUACCAAAGAAAUGUAUCGAGUGUCGGAUCCAUUGUGUAAAAUUGAGGAACACAAGUGUCAACUAUGUUAUUAUUCAACAAGUGAAAAAGACAUACUUCAAAAACAUGUUAAUUCUGUUCAUAUGAAAAUCAAAAGACACAAAUGCCACCUUUGCGAAUAUGCUGGGUAUUUCAAGGCGAACCUUGAGGCUCACAUAAAAUCUGUUCAUUUAAAAAUUAGGGAACACAGGUGUCACUUAUGUGAAUUUGCUGCGAGUAGAUAUGGAUCUCUGGAUCAUAUCCAUGAAAACAAAGCCACUUACGGUCGAGCCCAAGCGUCGAAAAAAAGACGCGAACGAGAAGAAGAAGAAAAAAGCCACUUUUCUGUGUAUGAGAAUCUUAGUUGUCUGUGGUUGAACUCCGUGGUGAACAAAGAAAAAGGAAUUCUCUAUGGUGGUGAACACAGAUUACAGAGUAGGUGA